ACCACGUCACGUCACUACGACGCGUGAUCCAUCGCGUCUUCCGCCUCAAUCUCACCGCCCUCGCACCAUGAACGGCGGAGUGUAUGAAGCUCUGCCGUCCCCAUCGCGAGGUUUUAUCCCAUUACGGCUGUACAAUUUCCUGUCACAGGUUCGUCACGCGCCUUUGGCUCUCAGAAAUUGCCCGGUGCACCCAGCGCGCCUUCUUCGAAGCGACAACCGGAGAGUGUGA